AACACGAAACAUUUUCAAGAGAUUUGUGUUUUUACAAAACAAAGUUUCUUGAUAUAGUUUUAUUAUAUAGGCUUAUAAUAGGCCUAUUUCGCUUAGAUCUAGAUCUAUAUUACUAAUACGAGAUCUGAGGCUUUGACUUUUCAUCUAGUCAAUGUCUAUCCAACUCAGUAUAAUGGCCAGCGUUUUGAUUGUUCAACUGCUGACAAUGAUGCUGUUCAUAUUUGCUUGGAUCUUUUUGAUUCUGUCCAUAGCAUCGCCUUCAUGGGUUGUGAAGUAUUAUAGGGGAAAUCAAAACAGCAGCGAAGGUCUAAUGAUAAGAUGCUCAGACACGGGCUGUUACAGGUACCGUGCAGCUUCAAAACCUCACUUGAUCGCUCAUUGGCUAGUCUACAUUAUGUUAGCUAUCAUGGUCGUGAACACACUGCCUAACAUCAGUGGGAUUUGUGUUAACGGAUGCAGGAACACAGUGAUAUAUGGAUUUUCCUAUGCUAUGGCAGCAUUUUCGGGUUUCUUGGUAUUACUGAUGUACCCAACAUACAUAAAGGACAUUUCUUCCGCUGGGAAUAUUCAAUUGUCCUGGGGCUAUUUCUUCUUCAUGAUAGCAGACUGCAUGCUGAUUGCUUUGUCCAUUGAAUGCUUUCAAGUCAAUACAGAUCUUUACCCCGACAUCUCAUGAACUGUUAAUAAGAAUUCAGAUAUACAGUGAGAAGGAAUUUAAAUAUACACUCUAUCAGCCUAGUGGAUUAGAAACUUGUGAAGGGAAGUGUUAAGACCUACACGCUAUGACGCAAUGAUAUAACUUUGGACUGAGGCUGUAUUUUGAAAGAAAUAAAAAUAUUUAUGUAACAU